ACGUCUAGAUAUGCCAAAAACGUAUAAUAGAAAGUCAGUCGACAAGAAAGGGACCAGCAAGAGCGCUGCAGCCUUGGCGGCACUGGAAAACAAGAGAAACCAUUCACAUCAUGCAUCUCGGGCGGAUCGAUCAAUGCACGUUAACGUUGCUCGUUCCGCUCCAACGAUGCCCAAUCCACAAAGUACAUAUACACGUUGCACUCUCAAUGGACUGCUAACACCGAGCGCUCGACGACGAUCUCGACCGUGCUACUCUGGCUAGCUAAACGGGCUCCACGUCAAUUAAUUAAGGGAUCCUGGCAUUGGCAUGGCGUCCUCACCGUCGCCGCCGCUUACGCUGCUCCUCGUUGCCCUCCUGGUGGCGGCCACCUCUGCCGCCGGCGGCAAGCCCACUCACAUCCGUCUCUACGUCCACGAGAAGUUCGAGGGCGCGAACGCCACGGUGGCGUCCCCGCUGCUGCGGUCCCCGCUGGGCCGCAACGCCACGUUCGGGGAGAUCGGGGUGCUGGACGACGAGCUGCGGACGGGCCCGCGGCGGCGGUCGUCGGAGCUCGUGGGCCGGUACCAGGGCUUCUUCGUCGGCACGGACCUGGCCCGGCCCAGCUACCUUUCUGCCAUCACGCUCGUGUUCACGGCCGCCGGGGAGCGCCGCCGCGGGAGCACGCUGACGGUGCAGGGCCAGUACAGCUUCGACGUGGACGGCCCCGUGGAGCGCGCCGUCGUGGGCGGCACCGGGGAGUUCAGGAUGGCCAGCGGGUAUUCCGUCCUGAAGUUUCUGGGCUCGCCGACGCCGGAGACGGCCGUGUUCAGGAUCGACUUGUUCGUGCUCGUGCCCUCACGCGGCCGCUACCGUUAGCAGUACUAGCUAGAUGGGUUGGUGGAAGAUGGCGGCGGCGAAUUUUGCAGCAUGAGCAGACAUCAUGCGCUCAAUGUUGGCUUGACUGGUAGUGUUCAAUGCGGUCUCCGGAUUUCAAUGCUGGGCGGUGGUUUGCGGUCAGAGCAUGUGGUCCCGAUAAGUGACAUCCCCUCCCCGAUUAUGGUGGCUUUGGGUUGUUUGUUUGAUGUAUUUUUUUUAAUGUCAGGUUUGCUAAUAAAUUAAUAAAAUGUGGAUAUGCACAUCAUUUUGAUGUA